GCCAUACUUGCUCACCUGCCUGGACUGAAAUUGUUAACAUUUGUUGAGCACAGACUCAGCUGGGGAGUAAGCCCACAGCUGAUGCUCAACAUAUGUGAUUAAAAAGUUUUUCCUUUUUCAGUUACAAUCUGGGGACCCAGGGAAUCAAGAGGUUCUGCAGGGAACCCCAUUAGGAUCCUCAUCCCCCACCCCAAUUGCCCCAUUUAAAAGGUUAUGGGUAGGACCUGACCCGGCUCUGAUUCUCCCGUGCCAGUGCAGGCUGCGGGCGAACAGGCGUGCUGUGCACCAUGGAUUACGUGAGGCAGUUGCUCCUGACCCAGAUGCGGAAGCAGCGUCCUGCAGCCGUGCAGACAGAGAUGCGAGGCUCAGUCUCGGGUCCUGGUUCCCAGCGACACAGGCCAGGCUUCCAUCCCUGCUCCCCCUCCCUCCCUGAUGACCCCUCACUUCAACAGGAGCAGUACAGAUUAUCCGUUCAGCGCUCCAGAACGCCAGGCCCAGCUAACUACCAGAACCUCAAGGAGGACGACGGCCUCUCCCUCUGGACUUCCCCAGGGCUUCUUGCCAUACCCCACCCACGAGGCAGGCUCCUCAGCCCGCAGGACAUCUCGGUGCCCGUGGCCCCGGCUCCGGCCAUGGCCGACACGUACGCGGCGGUGCAGAAGCGCGGGGCCCCUGCGGGCGCCAGGCCGGGGUCGCGGGCGCGCAGCGCGGAGGAGGCGCCGGUCUACAGCCAGGUGACGCCGCGCGCCCAGCGCCCCGGGACGCACGCGGAGGACACGCGCACGGCGCUGCCGGGCUGCGUUCCUGCUGACCAAAGCCCAGCUGGGUCUGGCGCUUAUGAGGACGUGACGGAUGGAGCUCAGACCAGUGGGCUAGGCUUCAACCUGCGCAUCGGAAGGCCAAAAGGGCCCCGGGACCCCCCUGCCGAUUGGAGCCAGGUGUGAGUGCUGCAUCAGUGCCUGCCUCUCCACGUGAGCCCUGGACUGCUCGCUGACGGCCACGCUCCACUGUGCCAUGUGUUGGGAGUGGGGACACUGGCCCUGAUCAAAAUAAAAGUUUUUCAGGGUGAGAAAUGUGGGGCUUUGCCCUGGUGAUUACAGCAUUGGAGGCUUGAGGCUGGGGGAGGUAGGUGGGUUAUAAUGGUCGGUGAGCCUUAACGGAGCAGAUUUAAAAAGAACGUCUGAAAGGGACAUGGCUCCUGAGUUGGUGAAGCCGGGAGUAGACAGAAGGGCUUCCAGAGACUGUUCCCCUCACCACAUAAUGGACUGGUCUGUCCUCAGAAUGUGAGCCUCCUUCACUCAGACACUCGGGUAACCUCACAGAGAGAUGGACAGACCCCUAGCCCUUCACAGAGAUCCAGGCCAGGCAUAACCACAACCACACAGACUGACCCCAGAGAGACAGAUAAAAAGACCCCCAGAUAGGCGGAUGGAUGGACCACCAACCUGACAUAGCCAGAAUCUAAGACAGCCAGAUGAAAGGGCAUUGCAUGGCUGGCUGGCUGGGGGACCCCAGCCAGAGAUAUAGACCAACAACAACCUGAUUGGUCUCAGCCUGAGAGAUCACCAAACAGGCAAACCUCCCAAAAGACCCCUCCGCCAGCUAGACAGCCCGAUGGACCCCUAGUUGGACGGACUGCCAGACAGAUAUCAACAGAUCCCCACCACCAUGCCCAGCUGUGCAGACCCCACCCUCACAACCAAGUGGGCUGACCACUGAUUUCCCAUCCAGACUCCCAGCCAGACAGACACCUCUGGGUGAGGGCUGCAUCCUUGGUGGAUCACAAGUGCCUUGGAAUGAGCUCCCCUCCCCCAGCAGCUUUCAACCAGUGAAUGAUGGGGGAUGUAUAAAUAUAUCAGCUAGUGCACCCGUCAGCGGGAUAACUGAGGUAUGUACUUUUAAUGAGUUCCCAGAGCUUUCCCCGGAGGAUUGGGCUUGGUUGCCCAGGAGGAGCUGGUGUGCUAUUACGCCCUUUACUACUGCCUCUCUUCCUUGACUCACUCCCCCAUACUCCCUGCCAAAUAAGGAUCUUGCACUCCAGCCCUUCUCUCAUGAUCUGCAUCUGGGACCCACUUCCUGCUCCAGGUGCUGCCCCCUUUCUCUAUUUCUUCAAAAGAGCUGACCCUGGGCUCUGUGUUGCUGAUCCCAAGCCUCUUGUAUCUUCAGCCAGCAGCAUCUGAUCCUCCUUCUUGGACACUGGGUUCAGUUAGAUGUUUGGACCCCAGGCUCACCUCCUCCCUCACCUCCCCAGCCACUCCUUCUUGUCUCCUGCUGUUGGCUUUCUGCCUUCCUGAGUGCUUGGCCCUUGCCCUCUUUUAUCUAUUCCAAAACACCCGCUUAGCGAUGGGUCCAACUACAAGGCUUUGAGUUCCUUCUAAACACUGACAACUCCAAAUUCAUUACCUCUACCUCAACCGUGGACCACGGAACUCCAGAUCUCAAUAUCUCCACUUGAACAUCUCAGGCUUAACAUUUUCAAAACUGAAGUCCUGAUGUUCUUACCCAGACUGACACCCUGAGAUGGGAAAGAAGUUAAUGGCAGCUCCCUCUAUCUGGUUACUCUGACCUGAACCUUGGAGUCACACUCCUUUGACUCCUUUGUCUUGUGUAAUCUGUUGGCAGAUCCUAUCAGUUCUCCCUUUAAAAUAAACACUGAAUCUGACCCCCCUCUCCCUACUAUCUCCGUCCCACCCCUCCUCUGCUGGCCUCUUUUCUCCUAGCUGAAGUCAGGUUGCGAUGCUAUUCUGCACAGAACCCUACCCAUGAUACCACUUUCAGCAUGAAUGCCAGCCUGGUGCUGUGGCCUCCAUGGCCCCACAGAAGGGCCCUGUCACCUGGCUAACCUCACCUGUUGGGAUGCUCUUGCUCCCUGACGUCACUCUGCCUGCUUUUGGGAGACAGCUCUCCCAAAAAAGGCAUGUCUGGGCUUUUUGGCAAGAGGAACAGACUAGCUUUUCAGGGACAAUUGAACAGCAAAGAGACAACAGAAUGUCUAGGAUAGCAGCCUACAUUCCAGGACAUUGUAUCCUAGAGAUACUUGCUCCCAUUGCAGGAUAAUGAGUACUUUCUCUCUGGAGGAGAAGAUAGGCAGGUCCUUAGCAACCCUGAAAAAACCUCCAAGUCUCUUAAUUUUGGGUACCUACCCUGGGAUGCAGAUCCACUGCACUCACAGGUCCAUGCCCCCUCCCCUUGGGAAUAAGGGCGUGGGAAACAGACUCAAGCUACUGUUCUGGCUGCUGUGUUGCUGGGAGUAAUAAACUGUCCAUUGUCUGA